AUGGCCACCGCCCUUAAAUCCAUCAAAUCCCUCGCGCCGCUCCUGGACCGCGUGCUGGUGCAACGCAUCAAAGCAGAGACCAAAACCGCAUCCGGCAUCUUCCUCCCGGAAUCCAGCGUCAAGGAACUGAACGAGGCGAAAGUGCUGGCUGUAGGUCCCGGGGGGCUGGAUAAAGAUGGGAAGCGCAUUACGCCGGAGGUGAAGGCGGGGGACCGCGUGCUGAUUCCGUCGUAUGGCGGGUCGCCGGUCAAGGUGGGCGAUGAGGAGUAUUCGCUGUUUAGGGAUUACGAGCUUCUUGCUAAGAUCAAGGAAUAA